UAGACCUGGCAACCUUGAUCGUGUUUAUUCUCCGGCACACUUGCUGAAAAUCUGUAAACUCAUUUGCAAAGAUAGUGGUCCCCGAGACGGAGAACAUAUAACAUUCAAUAUUUAAAUCGGCUACUAGGCCUACCCGUCUAAUAUAUUUUGUCAAUAUAGGAUUUCUGUCUUUAAAAACGGCGAAGGAGUGAACAAGAACCUGAGGUAGUAGGACACAGACUACAUCUAUAAAUAGUUUUAUUAUUUACACACAAUUUGGGAGUUUGGAGCCGCGGUCUAAACUUAAGUUUGUCGCUGCCUCUAAAGCGCGAUCUCUGGAAGACGUGUCGCAAUGGACCGGCCUGCCACCCUCCAGGACUACAAGGCUGCCAUGCUGCUGAGUGGGGUUGGCGAUGCCCUGGGCUACCGCAACCAGCUGUGGGAGUAUAACGAUUCAGGGCCAGCCAUUCACCAGGAGUUGCAAGAGCUUGGUGGGCUGAAGAACAUCACAGCACAGCUUCCUGAUUGGCCAGUCAGCGAUGACACAGUCUUGCACCUGGCCACUGCAGAAGCGCUCGCCACCGGAAAGGAAGGGGAGGAGCUUCUGCAGGAUGUGGCAGCUCGUUAUGUCGAGGGCAUGAAAGACAUGGAAGGAAGGAAACCAGGGCCAUCAAGCAUCUUAGGAGUGUCCCAGUUGAGGCCGGGAACUGAAGGGGGCUUCAGAGUGCCCUACAACCCUGAUGGCACCGGAUGUGGGGCAGCCAUGAGGUCUAUGUGCAUCGGUCUGAGGUACCCGUGGCCAGAGCAGCUGUCCACUCUGGUGGCCAUUGCUGUGGAAACAGGAAGGAUGACCCACCCUCACCCGACCGGUUUCCUCGGUGCUGUGGCGUCGGCGCUCUUCACCUCAUACGCCGUCCAGCGCCGACCUAUCACGACCUGGGGGCUGGGCCUGGUCAAGGAGGCCUGUCCAAUCUCCAAGAGCUUUGUUCAAUCGCAGGGCUUUGCUGUCAGGGAGACUGAGAGAGACUGGGGCUACUUCACUGAGAAGUGGGAUUGGUACCUGGAGCUGAGAGGCCUCUCCGAGAGGACGGGCCCCGUGCUUUGGCCGGCGUCCUAUGGGCCGGCGGAGAGAGACAAGGUCUAUAAGAGCUUCAGCCUGAAGGGCUGGGCGGGCCGCAGCGGCCACGACGCUCCAAUGAUCGCCCUGGAUGCCCUGCUUGGGGCGGGGUCAGACUGGGAGGAGCUGAUGAGCCGCGGGGGCUUCCAUGGAGGUGACAGUGACAGUACGGCGGUGAUCGCCUGCUGCUGCUGGGGGCUGCUCCAUGGCACGGAGGGCGUCCCGCCCGGCAACUACACCCACCUGGAGUACAGGGAGCGGCUGGAGAGCAGCGCUGAAAAGCUCUACGCCCUAUCACACACAGGAGGUGACAAGUACGAUUCAUAAAGGACUGAGGGGGAGACGAAGAGAGAAAAUGUGUGAGAGAAACUGUGUGAGUGAGAGAAUGAGAUUCUUUAAUGUUUUACGUAGAUGCCUGGAGAGAAUGGUUCCGUCCCACUGACCAAGAGCAAGGUUGCAUCCCAAAUAGAACUCUAUUCCCUAUGGGCUCUGUUCAAAAGUAGGGCAUUAUAUGUAGGGAAUAGGGUUCCAUUUGGGACACAUAUCAAAUCUACACCCAAGUACAAUGAGGAGGAUUCAGUCAUACAAGAGGCUUCCCCCUAUUGAGCAUUGACAAUACAUGAUAAAUUAAGGGAGUACAGUGCAUUCUGAAAGUAUUCAGACCCCUUGACUUUUUCCACAUUUUGUUACGUUACAGCCUUAUUCUGAAAUUGAUUAUUUUCAUAAUUAAUCUACACACAAUACCCCAUAAUGACAAAGAAAUGUUUGC